CUCACCCCUGGAUUCCCGGGAUCUCCGGCCAACAUGUCCUAGAGUCCUUCGAUCACUGGGAACAGACCCCUCAAUUUCACCUUACCCAUAGCGCACCCCGCCCUGAUGCGAACAUGGCGGACGGUACUCAUCACAUAAACAGUCACCCAGUCAGAUAUGACAUUGUCAUUGUGGGGGCCGGAUUCUCGGGAAUUUUCUUGCUGUACCAUCUCCGCAAGCUUGGCUACUCGUGUCGCAUCUAUGAUUCAGGAAGCGACCUGGGAGGAACAUGGGCACAACAAACCUACCCCGGUUUGCGGGUGGACUCGGAAAGCUGGGUCUAUCAAUUCUCCAUACCAGAGGUGUGGGAGGAUUGGUCAUGGAGUGAACUGUACCCUUCAGGCCAGGAACUCCGCCGGUACUUUGCCCAUGUCGAGAAAAAACUGCACAUCAAGCAGGACGUGGAGUUCCAAACCAGGGUGGUGAAUGCCCAAUUCUAUCGCGAAACGAGCCGGUGGCGUAUCGAAACACAGGACGGACGAAUCAUCGAGUCGCAAUUCCUCCUGCCUUGUGUCGGAAUUGCAGCAAAGCGCUACACACCCGAUUUCCCCGGAGUGGAACAUUUCCAAGGGGCCAUCUAUCAUUCCGCACACUGGCCGCGAGAGGGCGUCAACGUUCAAGGGAAAAAGGUGGCAGUGCUAGGCACCGGCUCAACGGGGGUUCAAAUCAUCCAGGAGUGGGCCCGAGAAGCGGACACUUUGACGGUGUUUCAGAGAACGCCUAACCUGGCUUUGCCAAUGCGACAGAUUCAGCUUCCCCGAGAUCAAGGGUUCAUGGAGACUUUGUACCCGCACGUCUUCCGGGACCGCGAGAAAACCUUGGCCGGCAUCGGAAUAGAGGCAGUACCCAAACGGACCUUGGAUGCCUCCCCCGAGGAGCGGGAGGCGCUGUACGAAGUCAACUGGAGAAAGGGCGGGUUCAAUUUAAUAAUCGGAAGCUAUAUUGACAGCUUGUUGGAUCCACAGGCGAAUCGAUUGCUUUACGACUUCUGGGCUAACAAGACCCGCCCGAGGAUCCACGACCCCAAGAAACGGGAUCUCCUGGCGCCGUUAAUUCCACCACAUCCAUUCGGGGCCAAACGGGGCUCCCUGGAAGUGGUUUAUUUUGAAGCAUUCAACCAGCCAAACGUUCAUCUGGUUAACCUGCGCGAGGAGCACAUCGUCGAGUUCAAGCCCCAUGGGAUCGUGACUAGCAGUGGCGCCUACCACGAGCUUGACGCAGUCGCAUUUGCGACAGGAUUUGAUGGUGUGACUGGACCUCUGAUUAGCCUAGGACUUCGCAACACCGAGGGAGUAUCCUUAGAGGAUGAAUGGAAGAGCGGUGCAAAAACAUAUCUCGGGAUGACGAUUAACGGGUACCCGAACAUGUUUUACAUGUAUGGCGUCCACGCUCCGGCUGCGUUGUCCAACGGGCCCACGGGAAUUGAGAUGCAGGGUCGAAUGAUCAUCGACGUUAUACAGAGAAUGAGGGCUAACCGACUCUCCUCCAUCGAAGCUACACCAGAAGCUGCAGAUGCGUGGACCAAACGGGUGGACGAGAUCAGCAACGCGACGCUGUUUUCUAAGGCGGACUCCUGGUACAUGGGAGCAAAUAUCCCCGGGAAAGCGCGCCAGAUGCUCAAUUUCUGUGGGGGGUUGCCGGCAUACGAGCAAGCAUGUACUCAAGCUUUGUCGAAUUGGGAGGGGUUCAGGACGAUACAACAAGCCCAUCUCAGCUGAGUUGCAGCAUAUGCAGUCUAGAAUGCACUAUCCUACCGCUUUCUUCAGCAGCUGGUACAGGUAAGGGUACUCUGACUCUGUUCUGAUGCUCUAAGUUGGCCUUUUAGAUGCCAUCAUACCUCCUGGAUCUUCAAGCGACUUUGCUGCUGAACAUGCUUAUACAUUCAUUCGCCCACCAAAGCCUAUUAGACCACAGGAUGGGUAGAAUAAGGCCUUUAUUACUCACCUAUACCUAAAAUAACACAGAUUUAAUUUUCGAGAAAGAUACCAGUACCACCUUCACCAGAGCAUUCCUUUUGACUCUGCCAAUACCCCCAUGCCUGUUCUCUUCCCCUCCAUAUGAAAUCCCCAACCGUUGAAAUUACCCCCACCACAUUACCCUACCUACCUCAUACUUGGAGAAUUC